CACCUAAAAUAGCAGCCAGCGUGUAAACGUGAAGUCAAAUUAGGUUUUAUCCGGCGGAGAGCAGCCAUAUAGAGUACCCGCACGCAGCAGCAGCAGUUUGGCCCGGGACGAAAGCUUUUGCCGACAACCGCUGACCAGCAUAUGGUGUGUUGAGAAACCAAGAAGAAGAACCUGUGCAUAAUGUGCUAGGAGAGGCGGCGGACGAAAGUCAGUGUGUCGUGUUUGUCCGAUAUCGUCCAAGUGUCAGAGAGACGGGGAAAGGACAGAGCCAUGGGGCGAAAGAAGAUACAGAUCACCAGGAUCAUGGAUGAAAGGAACAGACAGGUUACCUUCACGAAGAGGAAGUUUGGCCUGAUGAAGAAGGCCUACGAGCUGAGCGUCCUGUGCGACUGCGAGAUCGCCCUCAUCAUCUUCAACAGCUCCAACAAACUGUUCCAAUACGCCAGCACCGACAUGGACAAAGUGCUGCUGAAGUAUACGGAGUACAACGAGCCCCACGAGAGCAGAACCAACUCUGACAUUGUCGAGAAAUUAAGAAACAAAGGCCAUAUUGACUGUGCUAGCCCCGAACCCGAAGACUGUUUCGGGCACAGCCCCCUCAUGGAUGACCAUUUCGGCAAACUAAGCGAAGAGAGUGAUUUAAUGUACAAGCGCUGCGGUGCGCUAAACAAGAAAGAACACAGAGGUUGUGAUAGCCCGGACCCCGAUGCCUCAUAUGUCCUCACUCCUCACACUGAAGAAAAGUAUAAAAAAAUUAAUGAGGAGUUUGAUAAUAUGAUGAGAAAUCAUAAAAUCCCCACGGCAUUGCCCCAGCAGAACUUCUCCAUGCACGUGGCGGUGCCUGUGUCCAAUCCGAACGCCAUGUACCAGCUGGGAGGGACUCUGGGUAGCCAGACGUUAGCGGCGGCCGCAGCCUCCCUGGCCGACAACGGGAUGCUGUCUCCUCCACAGGCCUCUUCGCAUAGGAACGUGGGCUCCAGUGGGGGCCCCCAAAGGCCCGCCAGCGCAGGGAACGGUUUUGUGAACCCCAGGGGCUCCCCGGGCCUCCUCAACACGCCCAGCGGCAACGGUCUGGGUAAAGUCAUGCCUACCAAGUCUCCGCCACCCCCUGGGGGGAACAUGGGGAUGGGAAGCCGCAAGCCAGACCUAAGGGUCGUUAUCCCUCCAUCCAGCAAAGGGAUGAUGCCCCCGCUGAAUACACAGAGGAUAAGCAGCUCCCAGUCCACCCAGCCCCUCUCCACCCCCGUGGUGUCCGUCACCACCCCAAGCUUACCCCCGCAAGGCCUGGUCUACUCAGGCAUGCCCACCUCCUACAACCCUGCAGAGUAUUCCCUGAGCAGCGCCGAGCUCUCCUCCCUGCAGGGCUUCGGGUCUCCUGGGCUGUCGCUGGGCUCCAUGUCGGCAUGGCAACAGCAUCAACUUGGCCAGGCAGCGCUUAAUUCUUUGGUCAGCGGCGGAGGCCACCUACCUCAGGGCUCCAACCUCUCCAUCAACACCAGCCAGUGCAUCAACAUCAAAUCCGAGCCCAUCUCGCCUCCGCGGGAGCGCGCCACGCCCUCCGGCUUCCCCCAGCACCAGCACCAGCACCAGCAGCCGCCGCCGCCUCAGCAAGGCCCCGGGCGACAGGACGUGCUGGGACGCUCGCCCGCCGACAGCCUGAGCUCGUCCUGCAGCUCCUACGACGGCAGCGACCGAGAGGACCACCGGGCGGACUUCCACUCGCCGCUGGCUGGCCUGGUCCGACCCCCGGCGCCCGCAGCCGGCGACAGGGAGAGCCCCUCGGUCAAGCGCCUUCGCAUGGACGCGUGGGUGACCUAGAAGGAAGGAGGCGGCCGCCAAUCAAGGCAGGGAGGGCUGUAUGAUAUCCUUAUUUCUCUUUGUACAUUCGGCAGGUACUUGAUCACAUGACGUCUGCAAUAGAAGCUUCUGGCGCGCCCGCUACAUGUCCUUGCUGCUUGGAUGUUGCGCAACCACAGGAGGACUUUUCACACACCCACACACACACACACACCUUUUAUCCCCGGCGCCCUCUAAGUUAUUGACGGCACGAAGAAAAGACGGAAUUUCGGUUGUUGUCACGGUGACAAAGUCUCCAGUCUUCUGUCGCCGCAUCUCCGAUAUGUAAAUAUCCACUUUCACGUCUGCGAGCGUGCCAGGGAGGAAAAGAAACCAUCUUUUUGCGGGUGAGCGCCAAGUCGACGCCCAGCGUACUUCUCGCCGUCGCCAUCCGCACACACUCUGGUGUCAUCUUGUGUCACUCCGCUUUGGCCGUCUGCUUUUGCACCCCGUUAUCAGCAUCCACGUAUCGGACACGCCCUCGGUAAUAACCAUGUCUAUGCAGCCCAAGUCACAUGACCCGUCCAGACCACACGUGUGAUGUCAUCGCAGGCGAAAGCGACUGUUAGCCUCUUCUAUUCCUAAGUGCCACUCGGACUACGGGAUUCCUUUCAUAUUUUGGCGCUAAUUCCACACGUCCAUCAACAUCUGGCGGUACAGUGGAACCAAAAAGAUGCAUUUUCAACGCUUACUAAAAAGUAACCCCAAAUUAGUACUUUGUCCUUUUGUCAUCAAAUUGACCCCUUAAACAAAAAAAAUGUACACACGCAUUUGGCAGUUUUUGGUAAGCGAAUAUUUAUUCUCACUGUAGGACCUCAAUGGUGAGGUUUUUGUAUUGCAGCCAAUCUCACAAGCUGAAGAUGAUAUUCAGAAAAGAUGUUUUAUGAAAGUGGCCUUUGAAAGGGUUAAAAAUGAAUAUAAUUUGUAUUUAAUAUGUAUAUUUCAGAGGCUAACUGACUUUUUUAAAAGUAGAAAAAAAUAUAUUUAACAGUUUUUGGGAAGUGGACAAUUUUUGUCAUUAGGACAUUGAUUUUUUUUUUUUUUUGGGGGGAAAUUGAAUACGUUUUUUUUUUUAUCUUUAUUUUAGCUGCCAUCUCAGUUUUUGAGGAGCAGAUAUUUAUUGUCACUAGGAUCACAAUUUUUUUAUUUUGUAUUUUUUUUAGUUUGAUUUGGUUAAAUAUAUAUAUAUGUUUUAUCUUUUAUUUAGCUGCCACCCACAGGCAAAAUACUGAAUAAUAUUCAGAAAAUACUCUUUGAAAUAUGUUUUAUGGAAGUAAUUUUGUUUUGUAAACAUACCGGCCUUUGAAGGGUUAAAAACAAAUAUAAUUCGUAUCUAAUGUGUAUACUUCAGUAGCUAACACUUUUUUAAAGUAGAACAUUUUUUAUUAUAACAGUCUUUGGGAAGCGGAUAUUUUUUGUCACUAGGACAAAGUUGUUGUUUCUUUUGUGAAAUUUAAUAUGUUUUUUUUUAUUUUAUUUUGUUUUACCUUUAAUUUAGCUGCCAUCUCAGCUUUUGAGAAGCAGAGACUUAUUGUCACGUGUGAAGUUUUUGUUUUGUUUUGUUUUUUUAGUUUAAUUUGGUUAAAUUAAAUUCAAAAUAAAUAUAAAAAGUACAUACAUGUAUAUUUCAGGCUGAUCUAGUUGGUAAAAUUGACAUUUUUAAAGUAGAUACAAGUAUAUUUAACAGUUUUUGGGAAGUGGACAAUUUUUGUCACUAGGACAUUGAUUUUAGCUUUUUUUUGUGAAAUUGAAUACGUUUUUUUUUUAUCUUUAAUUUAGCUGCCAUCUCAGUUUUUGAGGAGCAGAUAUUUAUUGUCACUAGGAUCACAAUUUUUUUAUUUUGUAUUUUUUUUAGUUUGAUUUGGUUAAAUAUAUAUAUAUGUUUUAUCUUUUAUUUAGCUGCCAUCCACAGGCAAAAUAUUGAAAAAUAUUCAGAAAAUACUCCUUGAAAUAUGUUUUAUGGAAGUAAUUUUGUUUUGUAAACAUCCCGGCCUUUGAAGGGUUAAAAACAAAUAUAAUUCCUAUUUAAUGUGUAUACUUCAGAAGCUAACACUUUUUUAAAGUAGAAAGAAAUCUAUUUUAACAGUUUUUGGGAAGCGGAUAUUUUUUGUCACUACGACAAUGUUGUUGUUUCUUUUGUGAAAUUUAAUACGUUUUUGUUGUUGUUGUUUUUUUACCUUUAAUUUAGCUGCCAUCUCAGCUUUUGAGAAGCAGAGAUUUAUUGUCACGUGUGAGGUUGUUGUUUUGUUUUGUUUUUUUAGUUUAAUUUGGUUCAAUUAAAUUCAAAAUAAAUAUAAAAAGCAUUUAAAUGUGUAUUUCAGGCUGAUCUAGUUGGUAAAAUUGACCUUUUUAAAGUAGAUACAAGUAUAUUGAACAGUUUUUGGGAAGUGGACAAUUUUUGUCACUAGGACAUUGAUUUUAGCUUUUUUUUGUGAAAUUGAAUACUUUUUUUUUUUUUUUUAAUUUAGCUGCCAUCUCAGUUUUUGAGGAGCAGAUAUUUAUUGUCACUAGGAUCACAAGUGUGAGCAAUUUUUUUAUUUUGUAUUUUGUAUAUUUUUAUUUUUAUUUGGUUAAAUAUAUAUAUAUAUUUUAUCUUUUAUUUAGCUGCCAUCCACAGCCAAAAUACUGAAUAAUAUUCAGAAAAUACUCCUUGAAAUAUGUUUUAUGGAAGUAAUUUUGUUUUGUAAACAUACCGGCCUUUGAAGGGUUAAAAACAAAUAUAAUUCGUAUUUAAUGUGUAUACUUCAGAAGCUAACACACUUUUUUUAAAGUUGAAAAAAAUCUGUUUUAACAGUUUUUGGGAAGCGGAUAUUUUUUGUCACUAGGACUCAGGAGUGACUUAUAUGUGAAAUUAUUAACACAUUAUUGUUAAAUAUCAAAUAAUAUUAUUUAGCUCAUUCACGUAAGAGACUAGACGUAUAAGAUUUCAUGGGAUUUAGCGAUUAGGAGUGACAGAUUGUUUGGUAAACGUAUAGCAUGUUCUAUAUGUUAUAGUUAUUUGAAUGACUCUUACCAUAAUAUGUUACGUUAACAUACCAGGCACAUUCUCAGUUGGUUAUUUAUGCCUCAUAUAACGUACACUUAUUCAGCCUGUUGUUCACUAUUCUUUAUUUAUUUUAAAUUGCCUUUCAAAUGUCUAUUCUUGCUGUUGGGUUUAAUCAAAUAAAUUUCCCCCAAAAAUGCGACUUAUACUCCAGUGCGACUUAUAUAUGUUUUUUCCCCUCUUUAUUAUGCAUUUUCGGCCGGUGCGACUUAUACUCCGGAGUGACUUAUAGUCCGAAAAAUACGGUAGUCACGUUUCAUGUGUCAGGUAAAUCACUAUGAAUGGGGCCAUAUGAAUCUCCUUCCUACUGUAAACAUACUGGCUUUUAAAGGGUUCAAAAUAAAUAUAAACAGUAUUUAAUAUGGAUAUUCCAGGCAGAUGUAGUUGGUAAAAUUUACUUUUUUAAAGUAGAAACAAUAUAUAUAUGUAACAGUUUUUGGGAAGCAGAUAUUUAGUGUCACUAGGACCCCAAGUAAGUUUGUUGUAUUUAAUUUUGUGGAAUUUAAAUAGUUUAUUCUUUAAUUGAGCUGCCAUCUCACAACCUGCAGAAAAUAUUCAGAAAAUACUUAUGUAACCCUUUCAAGGGUUAAAAAUAAAUAGAAACAGGAUUUAAUAUGUAUUUUUCAGGCUGAAGUAGUUGGUAAAAUUGACUUGUUUAAAAUAGUGAAAAAGAAGUAAUUUAUUUUAACUGUUUUUGGGAAGCACAAAUGUAUUGUCACCUAAAGAGUUUUAAAUCUGUUUUCAGUAUUUUCUAUUUCUGCCAUCUCGCAGCCUUAGAAUAAGUUUCAGAAAUGACUCACUAAAAUGUCUUUUAUGUAAGGUUUAGUUAUGUUCACAUACUGGCUUUUAUAGGGUGAAAAAUAACACGCAUCCUUUCAAAUGUAAUGUGACCCAGCAGGCACAAGACAUUAAAACAACAUUGAGAACUUGUUGAAUUAGAUCCUGAAGUUGAGCAACUCAAACUUAACAUUGAAACAACAUCUUUUUGACGACGUUUAAUCAAUGUUGGGUUCUGAUGUUGAUUUGGCCAUUGAAUUUUGUUCAUUUCCCAACUAAUAUUCUACAACACAAAUACAACGUUGAAACAUCUUUUUGACGACGUUUAAUCAAUGUCGGGUUGUGACCUUGAUUUGACCUUUGAAAUGUGGUCAUUUCCCCAAUCAACAUCAUUGAUCCAACGUUAGACAUCAACAUUGUCUCAAUUUACAAAUACAACUAUUUUGCAACGUUGUUUCAAUGUCAGUUUUAAAGGACUUGUACGUAUAAUCAAUGUCUUGUGCCUGCUGGGUUAUGUUUCAGCCUGAAGUUGUUUAUAAAAUGUACUUGAUCAAAGUAGUAAAAAAAAAAAAUCUCAUACUCAAAACUGUUUUUGGAAAGCGGACAUUUUUAGUCACUUGUGAGGGGUUUUUUUUGGUUUUUUUGUAUUGCCGCCAUCUCACAGCC